CCAGGCUGAGCGUCGGCAGUCAGCUGACUGCGCUCAUGUGACCAGGAAGAGCUGCGGCUCUGCUCCAAUAAACAAACGAGCUGCGGGCCGUGGGGUCCACGCUCAAGAUGACGGACACGGGUUUUCUAAAAGCUCUUCUCCUCUCACUUUAUGCACUGUUGACCCUUUGUGAUGCAGACGUGAUUCUAAGUGCUCCAACUUCAGUGAAUUUAGAGGAGAGGUUUUCUAAAAACAUCACCAUCACAGCAAGCUCUCCCCUGAACAUUACUGCAAACAUCUACUUUAAUGUAACAUUUUCCUCUAACAAUGACUCCUCGUCACUCAUUCACCUUCCAGAAGAGGUAAUUCUGUCAGCAGGAAACACAUCAGUCACAUUUGAAGUGCAAGCAAAGAAAGUUGGUCAAGUGACUGCAUAUCUGUUCAGCAACACCACUGACAUCGAAAGCAUGAGAACUCGAAUAAGAUUUCUGGUGGUAAGAAGCAAUACUCUUGCUGUCAUCAACCAAAUUAUUGGCUGGAUCUACUUCCUGGCCUGGUCUAUUUCCUUCUAUCCUCAGGCGUAUGAGAACUGGAGAAGAAAGAGUGUGGUGGGUCUGAACUUUGACUUCCUUGCAUUGAAUUUCACCGGAUUUAUUGCAUACAGUGUCUUCAACAUUGGCCUCUUUUGGAUUCCUUACAUAAAAGAGGAAUUCAUACAAACUGAACCAAAUGGAGUCAAUCCUGUGGAUGCCAAUGAUGUGUUCUUUAGUGUACAUGCACUGGCUCUUACUCUUGUCUAUAUCUGCCAGUGUGUUUUGUAUGAGAGAGGAGGACAACGAGUGUCCAGGGUGGCCAUGUGUUUACUGGCGAUUGGUUGGACGUUUGCCUUUGUCACGCUCUUUAUAGCUGUUGGUAAAAAGAUCACAUGGCUGACCUACCUGUACUAUUUCUCCUACAUUAAAUUGGGCGUCACACUGGUUAAAUACAUCCCCCAGGCUUACAUGAACUACAAGAGAAAAAGCACAGAGGGCUGGAGCAUUGGAAAUGUGCUGCUGGAUUUUACAGGAGGCAGUUUCAGCAUGCUUCAGAUGUUCCUACAGUCUUAUAACAACGAUGAAUGGAAGCUCAUAUUUGGAGACCCCACAAAGUUCGGAUUGGGCCUCUUCUCAAUAUUUUUUGACGUGAUAUUUAUAAUUCAGCAUUAUUGCCUGUACCGCAAUAAAGGCCCUGAGUAUCAGGUACUAAGUACUGAAGAAUAGACCAGGUGAGAUGCAGUUCCUGUACAGUGGACCGUGCCUUACAGUAACAUGAUCUUUAUAAUAAGCUACCUCUCCUACAGUUCUGCAAUGGACAAUGAGGGCAUGUUGGUAACACCACAACAUAUUUAAACAAACAAAAAAAACCUUUUUAUUACACUGUCUUUAUGCAAGCAAUGUUUUUUGGUUUUAUUAACUGAAGGUGCAUUAUGAGACAUCUACUGACGAAACCUGAAGUCUAUGAAAGGGAUUAAAAUAGUUAUUUUUUCUUAAUGAACUAUAGUUGAAGCACUUGUAUUGCUGACUAUAUUUUUGUAAUCUUGUAAAUAUUAGAAUUUAUGAUCUGAAAACUACACUUGUUUUAUGGAAGCGUUUUUAUUGAUGCUGUUUUGUUAAACCAAUAAAAUGGCUCCUUUUUAUUA